AUGUGCGCGCUACCUAUGAAAAAAAUUGUCAGUCCGAUACUCCCCAGCAUGUUUGGCCUCUCCAAUAUUCUAAGACUGGCAAUUCCUAGAAGCUGUGUAUCUCCAUUACGGAGUCUCAGUACGGCUAAGGUGUUUGAGCCGCUUCCAAAAAAGAGAAACGGCCAAAGCGCUGUCCUUUUCUUGCACCAACAACUUCUUAAGAAACAUGACCCUACAGGCAAAAGAAGUGCUCUCGUGGACACAAAAACCGGGUUGCGUGCGGGUGAUAUUAUCAAGGUGACGUAUCUUGAUCGUACCAAUGUGACUGGACAAGUUAUUGGUAUCAAGAGAGGCCAGUACAACUUGGGCACGAACAUUUUGCUCAGAAACAAAAUCAACAAGCUCGGAUGCGAGGUUCGUGUGCCGUUGUUCAACCCCAAUAUCAGAAACAUCGAGGUGCUUCAUAAGCCAAAGAAGUACAUGCCUAGAAAGAAGCAUUUCUACAUCAGAAACAGUAAGUACGAUGUUGGUGAUGUCGAGACUUUCUUGAGAAAGGAGAAGAAGAAGAACAACUAG